AUGUUUAAUACGAUUUUCUUUCUUUACAUAAGCCUCUUGUUAUACUUAUGGAGGCAUACUGUACAAGACUCAGCUAAAAUUCUCAGGUCAUUUGCUUCUUCUUGUAUCUUUUUUCUUCUUUUUUUUUGUUACUUUCUUUUAUUGACUGUUCUUACUUUCCUUAUUUUCCUUUUUACCUUCAUUUUUUUUCUUUCGUUUUCUUUAUUUGGUUAUCUGUCUUUUUUUAAUUUUUCCUUCGCUUCUUUUUUUUCUCUUCUUUCUCUUUUACCAGAUUCUUUCGCUUUCGUUCUUUCUUUCUUCCUCUUCUUUCAUCUUUGUCUUUUUUCCUUCCUGUCUUUCCAUAUCGUUUUUUCUUUUCGCGUUUCUUUUCUUUGCUUCUUUAUUUCCUUCAUCUUAUUUGUUUUUCAUUCUCGCCUUUAUAAUUCUUUUCCUUUUUCCUUGUCUCCGUUUUUCUUCUUGGUGAAUUUCUUUUCAUUUCUUUUCCCGUUCAUAAUGCUUUCUCACACAUUCUUCCACAUUUUCCUUAAUUCUCUCUUUCUUUCCUUAUAUUUUCAUUCCUUCGUCCCUACAGAUUUUCCAAUUUCAACAUACCUAAUCUAUCUUAUAAAGCAAAAGAACCGAUGA